UAGUACCCAGGUAAGCCAAAUUGUCACUGGAAACCCUUCCAGUCCAAAAAGUCCAUGGUUGUAGUCAAACAAAACUUGAUAUAGCCUCACCUGGCAUCACGAAUCCUUGUGGCCCUAAUGAGAUUGGAUCUUGCCUUCGCGCCAAUUUCACCAAUUAACUGCUCGUUGUCGGCCUAUGCCAUUCGCUGAUUUCCGAUUGACCAGUCCUCAGGUGGCCGGCUCAUCGAACGAUUGACCAAUCACCAUUGUCAUCCCAUCUUGGUGGGUGCUUUCAAGGUGAACAUACCGGUCAUCGCUACUGAGCCAGCAUCUCACUUACGAGUCCUGGUCGGCGAGUUACGUAUUCCAGAGUUACCUCAUUCGCUGAUAUACUCACCAUCCACGCCAAUAUGUCCUUUAUUCGCGCAAGGAGACUCCCUACUUUGCCGUCGUCUCAUAGCAUGAAGGCAUGCUAUGGCAGGUCACCAUUCAAUGGCAGUAGCCAGUCAUUCAGCCGCAGCUACCGUGCUGGUAGCACCAGAAAUCGACUUUCGGCUGUUUGGGUCCCUACCGGAGGAAUGACACCUGAACGAGGCGAAGGCGCGUAUGAAAAGCUCGUUCGCGCCGGAUUCUUGCGACAGUCACACUCUGGCAUUUUCCAUCUACUUCCUCUUGGCCAGCGCGUUCAACGUAAGCUCGAGGGCGUCAUCGACUACUACAUGCAAGAACUUGGAGCCUCGAGAGUAGCUCUGUCGACCAUUACAUCGAAGGACCUCUGGCAGAGGAGUGGCCGCCUCACACAACUAGAGGCCGAGCUCUUCGGAUUCGAGGACCGCAAAGGGUCCAAGUAUAUGUUGUCACCCACCCACGAGGAAGAGAUCACUACUCUAGUGGCCAAGACCGUCAAGUCCUACAAAGAAUUGCCCCUUCGCCUCUACCAAAUCACACGCAAAUUCCGCGACGAACUGCGCCCGCGGCACGGGCUGCUCAGAACCCGCGAGUUCACCAUGAAGGACCUCUAUACUUUCGACGUCUCCGCAGAGUCGGCCUUGGAGACCUACCAGAAGGUCCAGGUAGCAUACGCUGGCGUUUUCAAAGCAUUGAAGUUACCGGUGACGGUGGCCAAAGCCAGCUCCGGCGAUAUGGGAGGCGACCUCAGCCAUGAAUAUCACUUACCUACCUCAGUUGGGGAGGACACUCUGGUCACCUGUAACACCUGUAGUUACGCUGCCAACGACGAGGUCGCCGAGGCAAGGGCAGCCGCCGCCGACAGCAUAGGAUCAUGCGGUCUGACUGAAGCCUCAAGCCCGCCAUCUGCUUCAUUAAGGGUAUGGCGAGGUAUCAGUAAAGACCGCAAGACCUUGGUGAAUGCCUGGUAUCCAGGUCGAGCUCAGGACGGAUUUGGCCGAGAGAACGACAUCAGAAUCUCGGCCAUUAAGUCGAUUGUCGCUGAUCUGGACGCAAGCACAGAGAACGCCGUGUCGCUGUGGCGGACAGCUAUUACAUCAACGGACUCUAACACGAACGCUCGGCCUCAAAUCAUCAACAUCAUAGACUCCACAUUAACCAGCAACCUAGACGAGGUUCUACAGGAUGAAAGCAAAUCAUCCCCUUUGUCAGGCUUGGAUUUUCCCAAGGAUGGAGUAGACUCUACCAUCAUUACCAAAACCCACGGUGGACAAUCGAUCAACCUGCUCGCCGCUCGCGCUGGCGACAGAUGUCCUGACUGUGAUAAUGGCUCUCUCCAGCUGCAAAAGGCGCUGGAGCUUGGGCAUACGUUCUACCUAGGAACGCGAUACUCGGAGCCACUCGAAGCAACGGUUUCCAUACCUACUCGUGCAAAAUCAAGUCAGCACGAGGGCCAGCCAGCUUUGACCGAAUACAAGACGCCUAUGCAGAUGGGUUGCCACGGAAUUGGCGUUUCUCGACUCAUCGGGGCUGUAGCUGAGCAUCUGACAGACAUCAGGGGCCUACAAUGGCCGCGCGUGAUUGCUCCCUACGAAGCCGUGGUCAUUAGUACUCCUCAUCUAGCUGAAGAUGCUAGUAAAGUGUAUGAUGAGAUCGCCAUAGGGGGCAUUGACACGGUGCUGGAUGACAGGUCGGCGUCUUUCGGUUGGAAGCUAAAUGAUGCAGACUUGGUAGGAUACCCGGUCCUAGUUAUACUGGGCAAAGUAUGGAAGGAAACGGGCGACUGUGAGGUUCAGUGUCGCAGGCUAGGGAUCAAAGAGAUGGUCCCGCUCAGAGAGCUGCGUCAGCGUGUGGCAGAGUUGCUCGAACAGCUCUGAGCAGAAUGAAGACUGCUAGGGUAUUGAGGCGCCCGCGAUGCGGUGUGUACAAGACAAUCAGAUGUCUCCAAAUCAAAUGUAUUACCAUUGUAGAGAUAAAAAGAGCCUGCAGUGGCUCAAAUUAAUGUCAAGUCGAGGCGG